AUGGCCGAUGAAGGUGAAGAUAAUUAUUCAAACUCCGACGGAACUGACAGUGACGAUGUCAGUGAAGAGUUUAGGAAGGAAGACUUUGUUCUGAACCUUCAAGAAAGAGAAAAAGAAGAAUUCCAACUGGAAGAUGAAGAAGAAGAGCUAAUUGACGAGAAGGAGGAAGAACGAUUGGCAAAAGAGCUAGGGACACUAAAUGAAGGUGGAGGACCAGAAGAACCUCGUGUUAUGCGUUUGGUCAGAGAGAGUUUUUAUGGCCAAAGAGUGAAUACGAAGUUUGUCAACAUCCUGACAGACUUUGCAGACGCGGAGAUUUUCCUAAUUGACGGCGACUCCUUGCUGUUAGAAAUUGUUGGUGAGAAAAGCUUGGACUGGAAUAACGGGGGACAGUUUCUGCAUCUAACAUACUUAACGGAGCGAUUUUUGCAAAAGUUCACAGAGAAAGGUGGUGUUUUCCACAUCGUCUUUCUUAAAGAAAUGGAAAUUAUGUGGAGAAGUAACCCGUUCUUGCUGCUCGCUCGAGAAGCCCUUAUUCUUCAUCUCCAGUACAACACAGAUUUUAUUGUGAAAACUUCAAUGGUGGAUUUCUGGGGACAGGAGUGGCAUGAUUACGUUAAUGACGAAGUUCCUGCGUUUGUGCUGUUGACAGAUGCUGAAAACAUUCCUUGGAAGCAUGGCAACCUAAAAGAAACAAUGCAAUAUUUUUUCCGGUGUCUCUUGUUUCAUUGUCUUGCACAUGGAUUGAAUUGUGUGUUCAUUUCGGGCAUCCAGAUAACUGCCACCAAAGUGAUGGGAUUUUACAUCAAUUCCUCGGCUAUUCACAAAAACUACUUUACGAAGUUUGAACAGCCAAUAAGGAAAACAUGGCAAUUUCUAGUGAGUGACUGGCAGGAUCAGGCAUAUAAAUCCUCUCCGAGACGGUCGGAGACUUUUCCUCGAGAUGCUCUGAUUGACAUAGAAGCAGAGGUUCGCAAAGCUCUUCAGCCUCCUCCACAAGGUGGCUGUCGGCAGGUUGCCGCAGUCCUUGGGUGUGCGCUGAUCCUUUUUAAAGCUGUCAAAGACUCUAGAAACACCAAGAAAACGAUGAAAAUUGAAGAGGACAGAAUGAAACUUUUCUUGCUUCAUAUUGUAUUACUGAACAAACUGCCGUUGAAGUGUAGAGCUCACUUCAUAGACGAGAACUUGUUGAAUGAAUUCUGCAGAGCAAAGGAUGGUAACGUCUUUCCCUUCAACGAGAUCCAUAGGUGUUUAUGGGAGAUUUUAAAGACAGUACAAGAUGUGCAGGGGGAUGCACGUAGAGACCAAACAGGCAAUGGCUUUUUUAAGUCUGUAGCAGAUUUAAUGGAUGGGCGUCUGGUCCAUACGCUCUUUUCAGUUGUCUUGCAGCAAAGGUCAAAAGGCGUUGAAGGACUCAGUCUACCAGGGGAUGUCAUCACGGAAGUAGAAGAUGCGUGGAAAAAUGUUGUAGAUGUUGUUAACAGGUCAUGCGGUUCCCAUUCCCUUGAGGCCGAGUUUUUUCCCUUUGCCAAGGAUUUGGCUGAUUUUCAUGUGGCAGUUGUUUCGGUUGUACGUUCUGAUGCAAACUCCACCAUGAAACUUAGGCGACUUACUGAGGUGCAAAGUGAUCUUGUGAAUGACUAUGCUGGAGAUAUUCGGACAGAAAUUAACGCCAUGUCAGAAGAAAUGAGUGAUGACGAAGUACCCAAUGUUGGCCGAGAAUUUGAUGAACGAUAUCACUGGCAUUCUCUUAAGCCUCUUUCUGAUGAUUACGACAGAACUAAGAUAUCUAUUACUGAAAAACCUCCAAAAGAUCGUAGGCAAAAGAAACGGUAUUCUCAAGAUAAGCAGAAAUAUCCUCUCUAUCAAAGAUUAUACGGCGAUUCACUUGUUGGUGGCGCUGAUCAACAAAAAACGAUCGUUGCCCGAAAGUCAGGGUCAAGGAAAAAAAAACGGGAAAGAAAGGAACCUAAAACGAGCAAAAAGGCUUUGGGAAUGAAAGAGAAAAAUUCUAAAAAUAUGGCCGAGAAAACGGAAUUGGUAGAUCAAGAAAAAUGGGAUAACAUUUUGAGAAAAAUCGAAACAAAUCUGAGGAGAGAUGACUUCAGUAAUGUUCUUGAAUUGGUUGAUAAUUAUCUGUUAGACUGCAAAUCUCUGGAAAUUCGUCUUCACGCGCUCAUGACAAAAGUGGACUGUUGCUUUGAAGCCUGGAAACAGACAAGAGAUGCUGACCCAGAAUCUAAUGAUUUGAAAUAUCCUGUACUUUUGAUGGAAAGUGUCCAUAGAAUUUCUCAAGACUUCCCAAGUGUUCUGAAUGAUGAAGACAGAAAGAAACUUGCUGGAAUUAUGCAAAAGUUAGGAUUUGACGACCUUGUUCCUUUGUUUUAUGAGAUGCCAUUAGAUCAUGAGAUAAAGACUGAAGGGCUUUUUGUUUACACCACAAGCACCAGAUUCCAACUUGAAUACAUGGGGCAUUUGCUGAAGCGGGAAGUGAGAACCGAUCUGGACCCUCGGGUUAAACAUUUUAUUCCGGAUACAUGGCAGCGCGAACUUCUCGAUGCUGUCGAUAACAAUGAAUCAGCUGUGAUAGUAGCACCAACUUCUUCAGGAAAGACCUACGCCUCCUACUACUGCAUGGAGAAAGUUCUGAAGCAAGACAAUGAUAGUGUAGUGGUCUAUGUCGCACCGACAAAGGCUUUGGUCAAUCAAGUCGCUGCUACAAUUUAUGCGCGGUUUACAAAAAGGAUGCCUGGUGGGAGAUCAGUGUACGGUGUUUUUACUAGGGACUAUCGUCACAACGCACUAAAUUCUCAGAUUCUUGUUACAGUCCCCCAGUGUUUGGAGAUCCUCUUUCUCUCUCCGCGCCGACAGGAUUGGAUUAGGAACGUAAAAUACGUUAUUUUUGAUGAGGUUCACUGUAUUGGUUCCGAAUCUGGAGCUGAAGUGUGGGAGCAUCUCCUUCUUAUGAUUCGCAGUCCCUUCUUGGCGCUAUCAGCAACCAUUGGAAAUCCAGAGGAUCUAAGACUCUGGCUGCAAGCCGCCCAAGACUUUCAUGAAGAGCAGGACAAGAAAAACAAUGAAAAUCUGAGGGAGUCAUAUCGGGUCAGAUUAGUUCAAUUUGAAGAAAGAUACUCCGAUCUGGAGAAGAGCAUUUUCCUUCCAAGUCCUAAUAAUGAAGGACAACAUGUUAACAACGACAGCGACGAGGAGUUCGUGAGACUUCAUCCAUGUGCCCAGCUAGGAUACAAACAGCUUCUAGAAAGUGGUUUUCCAGGUGAUAUGGCACUUACACCAAAAGAGUCUCUGCAGUUGUAUGACACUAUGGUUAGUGUGUGGCCAGACUGUGAAUCACUUCAGCAUCUUUGUCCUGAAACAUAUUUCCUGGAAAAUAAAUUGAUCCAAAAGUGUCAUGCUCGGCAAUACGAGAGAGACCUGAAGAGGGAGUUCAAGUCUUGGACAGACAGCACAGAGUUGACAAAGGUUCAGUCAGUUAUUGAUUCUUUAAACUCAGUUUUUUUGGAAACUCAUUCGUCAACGGAAGAACGAUGGGGUGAACAGAGAAUGACUUCGUAUGGCAAAAUAUUCAUAAAGAAAACUUUUGAAAAACUUAUCAACGAGCUCAAAGCCCAGGAGAAACUGCCUGCCUUGAUAUUUAGCGAUGAUCGUAGACUCUGCGAAGUUUUGGCCCUCGGUUAUGCUCAGAAACUAGAAAACAAGGAACUAGUUAUGCGAAGAGAGGCCGACACACGAGAAGCAAGACUUGCACAGAAGAGACAAGAAAAAGCUGAAAAAAAGUUACAGAGAAAAAGAGAUGAAUUACAGAAAGAAAAAGAGUAUAACUGCUCUCCAAACAGAUUAAAAAGCCAACCGGAUGAGCAAGAUGAGAGUGUUUCUAUUUCAGCCGUGGAUAAAAUUCUACUCAAGUGCUCAUUGGCAUUUACAUUUGGGAUUGGAAGAAAGGAUUACGAAAAGAUAACAAAGAGAAUCUCGUACAUCCCUGACAAAUCAUUAUUUAAGCGGGCUCUAAAACGAGGAAUCAGCUAUCAUCAUGGCGGAUGUAAUGCGAAAAAGCGUUCCGUGGUGGAAAUGUUGUUCAGAGGCAAAUACCUUCAGGUGGUUAAUUCAACUGCAACGUUGGCUCUUGGUAUUCACAUGCCUUGUAAGACAGUCGUGUUUGCCGGAGACUCGCACUACUUAAAUUCACUGCAGUACCGGCAGGGCUUUAUUUGUCAUUUUCAAAUGUCUGGCAGGGCGGGUCGGAGAGGUUUUGAUCCCGUGGGAAAAAUCAUUUUCUUUGGAAUUCCUUACCGUAAAAUCCAACGCCUCAUGACUGCAAAUAUCCCGAAGCUUGUCGGCAACUACCCCAUCACUGUCUCACUGGUUCUGCGGCUGCUUCUGAUGACGACCCAAGCAGAUGACAAGAAAGAUGCUCUCACUAAGGCCCUAGCAUUGCUGUCUCAUCCUUUUAUUUGCCAAAAGUACCCGCAAAUGGAAACCCAGAUCAAGCUACAUUUCCUCUUCAGCGUUCAACUUUUAACUAGAUUGUCUCUUAUAAACAAAGAAACCGGAGCUCCACAGGAAAUGGCCGGACUGGCGACCCAUCUUCACUACCAUGAACCCUCCAAUUAUGCCCUCAUCAGUUUUCUACAAUGUGGUCUCUUCCACGAGCUGUGUCAGCCAGGGACAAACGGUAAAUUUUCUGAAGAUGUUAUGAGGAAAAUGGUGCUUGUUCUGAGCCACUUAUUUGGAAGAACUUAUGUUCAUCCCUCGAUCAUGCUAAGGACACCAUCCUCUUCAAAAGUCAUUUUGGAGGAUCUCCCGAAUAAAUUUGUCAAGGCAGUCAAAAGCUACAACCGUCAAGUCACCGAUGUGUUCAGUCAGUACCUUGCCACAGUGGCUCAGUGGCUGGAAAAAGACAGAGGAGAGGAUAACAAACUCCCUUUAUCAGGAAUAGAAUUUCCGAAAAAAGCCAGCAUUGAUGACAUUGACGAGAACGAUAUGAUCAAAGUCCUUGCGAACUCUUCUAUACAGUAUUCGGCUUGUUCCUCGUUCGCUGCGCUAUCAGGAAAUACAGAAUUCCAAUUACAUCCUUCAAGCCAAAGAACGAAUGGCCAAAGUGAAGCUGAGGUUAACAGUGACGAGGAUGAAUGCGAGGAGGAGCCACUUAAAUAUCUACUCACGAUCAUUCGUCAAGGUGUCUACACUGAUAUGAAUCUUGUACCCAUUCUCCCAGUCAAGAAUACCCUGCCCCUGAAUGCUUAUGCUUUGGACUUUUUCAAGCAUGGAUCCUCCACAGUCAUUGCGAAAGAAAACGGAAUGCAAGCUGGCGAUGUCUUCGAUGCUCUCAAGGAGUUUUACCUGACUAUCAAGUCAAUCAGUUGUUCACUGGAAGAGCUCAGUGUCUAUCCUGAAACUGACAAUGUAGUUUUGGCUUUUAAACAGCUGGCACAGGAGUACGGGGAGAAAUUCAAAGAGGCGUUUGAGGCAUAGGAAGUUGCGAAUUCUCGUGUUCAACUCGACAUCUGACUCGUUUCGCUGCGCUCACUAGUGAGCUAUUGAGUUAAACACUCGAAGAGAAAUUCCUUAUCUACGUGCGCCCAUGUAUUAUUCUCUAUUUGUUUAUGACUUAUUUCUUCGGGAAAAUCCACAAUGUUUUAAAUCAUCAACUUCCGGUUAUUCUGUGAAUGCUACGCAAUG